AUGGCUAAUUGGCCAAAGCAGUACAAUCAGAGCCAGCAAACACCGAGAAGUAGCAAGGAUAACGAGACAGCGAUAUCGUUGGCCCAGAGCGAUCAAAUAAUAUCGUACCAUGGCAGAAUAAAAACCACCCAGGAUGCCUUGCUCCUACUAGAGGCGUGUCGCCAGCAUCUCAUCCCUACAAUUAACCGUCGAUUGACCAGUUUUGAGCGGUCCAAAUACAUACUACCCAAUACGAUCUUUAUCUGGAACGAGAGCACUUGUGGGAUGAAACGAUGGACGGACGGCAAGAUCUGGUCACCUUCGAAAGUCCACAAUGGCAAUUUUCUAAUCUACAAGGAGUUGAACAAGUUUAAUCAAAAGUUGGAAGAAAAUGGACUUAUCAAGCAGAGCUUUUCACUAACUACAAAAGACGAGCAAAAAUACCACAUUAUUUCAUAUUACCUCAACCCCAUAUUCAGCAAGGCUGGAAACAGCUCGGGAACAACAGUUGAGAAUGUCAAUAUGGUGGAUGGGGUAGACGGAGACGUGCAAGUACCAAGUAAAGAUGCCGCUUUGGCACACUUGAAGCUAUCCAAUGACCAUUACCCGGGCACAAUGUUGCAAAGCGUGUAUAACCAGCACUUUAUCAAGAAUCCAUCGUCGGCAUCAACCACCACCACCCCAUUAUUGCGACCCUCGUCUUCAGUGGCAUCGGGGAUGAGGCUGCGGCUGCGACUGCAUUCACCCGUGAGCUUCAAUAGGACCCCCGUUCUGUUGCAAAUGCUGGCGUCGCUGCAUCCACCACUGGCGCUGAGCGUAUCUGACCUUGCCUCCCCAUCACCCCAGCUUCAUGCAACCCAUCACCACCACCAGCAGCAACGCCUAGCUCCUGGGCCACUACAACAGUAUUCUAUACCGCAGUUUCAGCUCAGUUCACCAUUUGCUGAUCGGAGAAAGAGUCUUUCACACCAGCAACAGCAACAGCUGCAGCAACAACAGCAGCAGCAGCACCAGAACCAACAACUACAUCACCAGCAGCAUCAACAGUCCCAACAACAGCAACUUUAUGUUCCGUCGCAAUUGCAACUUCAUUCGCCUUAUAGUGACGCAAGAAAGAGUUUUUCGCAGCCACUGAUGCGAAUCGCACCUGAUCAGCAGCAACAACAACAACAACAACAACAACCGCAGCAGUUGAUCCUGCCACAACCUUUCCAGAAUGACUUGGCUAGAAACCGAUCAAAUAAUCUACUGCAGGAUAUGAGAGACUACAACUGGCCCAAGAUGAAUUUGCCUUUACCUAACAAUGUCAACCAUGGUAAAACCCAUGUAGCCUCUUCCUCGGUUGGUAGUUGUGAUUCACAAGUUGUCGACGUAUUGAAUAGAAGCUGGUUGAAAUGA